ACUGAAAUGAUCUCGUCAUCAAAGUCUAAGAAGUAGAGAAAAGGGCAGAAGCAAGAAAGAGAGAUGCAGCACUAGAGUUUGUGCAGCCAAGAGACUGAUUUUUGGAUGAAACGAGAGAGAUGGUGCCUGUGGAAAAAAGUGGAGGCUGAAGGAGGGCAUGUUUUUGUGCAGAGCCAGGGGGUCUCAGCAAGAAGACAUAAGAAGGAUGAGAGAACGGGGCAGAGAGAUUUCAAAGACAGUAGUGAAACGUUCGACUCUAGAUAUGACUCAUCACUGACAUUUUAUGAAUAAUCCCCUGACACACUUCUGGUCCCCUUCAGUCUCACACUCAGAGGGUCCCAGGUUACAUCUUGUUUCACCUUCUUGUCCGCGUAUCCCUCUUCCCAGAUGCUGCCACUCUGUUAUUUCGCUUUCCUGUCCUUGCUCUCUCCUGUACUUUCCAUAGAGUGCAAUGAGACACAAUACGAGUGGCCCGUGGGCAAACCACAGUUUUGCUGUGAAAAGUGCAAGCCAGGUCAAUAUUUGCAUCGGCGUAACAAUAAAGUUUGUGACAAGGAGUGUAAACCUUGCAUAAAUGAUCGUUACAGCGAUACCCACAACGUGGACAUGUACUGCGGAAUUUGUGAUACAUGCACUAAACCAAACAUGGAGUAUAAGUCACGCUGUAACGCCACUCAUAACGCCGUGUGUAGCUGUAAAGCGGGCUACAAAUGCAAAGACCAAAACUGCAAAGAGUGCUUGCUGGUACCAACCACCACCGAAUCCUCCACCACCCUCCCUCCAUCGACUACAGCGCUGAAAUCUACCACCCUCCCCACAGCGUCGACAACCCCCACACCACUCAGAGACACAGCCUGGUUCCUGGUGAUAAUUGUCCUCCUGUGUAUAGGAUUUGCAUUUUUUGUUGUAACAAAUAUCGAGCCCUUCCUGCGCUGGAUCAGAACCAAACACGGCUACUUUUUGGCUAAACCAGCUGCACCAGUGCACUCUGAGGUAGAAGAAGUAUCCAAGCCUGUCCAGGAAGUGUGUGGGAAAUGUGAACAACCUCUUGAAGUAUGAUGAGUUAAAGACUAGAUUCUGAACUUGGAUCAGCAAAACUUUCACAAGCUGACAUUGAGAGACAUUUAGCAGAUGCAAAGCAUCUCUUGUUGCUUUGGAUUUAUGACAAAUGGAGGCAAGCAUCACUCAGUCCAUGGAAGCAAAUGGUUUGUUUCUGUAGAAUCCUGCUACUACAGGAAAAAUGACUGUUUGACAUCUGUGACGUUAAAAUGAUGAACGUGUAUAAAAGGCACUGAUUAAGCAUCUGAAAGACAGUGUGACACUGUGACAGUUAAGUAUGAGUGUGCAGCUGUGCAGUUGCAGAACAGUGGUAUGUACUAUGGUAUACAAAAGUUAAAGAUAUUUCACAUCUUUACAUGUGUAUAUAUAUAUAAAUAAAUUAAUGUUUCCGCAGUCAGAUUAUACAUAUAUUUGUGAAUGUUU